AUGAUGUUGAUCUCACUUCUCAAAGUGAAUAAUGCUCAAUGGUGUGGUGCAGGAAGCUAUUGGACCAUCGAUGCGAAUACCUCUACUCAAAUUUGUGUACCUUGUCCAACAGGUACCUACCAACCAAACUACGGUCAAUCUUCUUGUUACACUUGCCCUGCUGGUGCUUAUUGUAUAUUUGGAAGCGCAUAUUUUACACCCUGUCCUUCAGGAACGUAUCAACCAGUGACAGGUGCACAAUCGAUUGAUGCGUGUCAGAAUUGUUCUGCCGGUAGCUACGCACAAAAUACAGGACAAUCUAGCUGUUCAGUUUGUCCUAAUGGUUACUACUGUCCAGCUGGAAUAAGCAAUGCCAUUCCGUGUCCUAUAGGAACAUAUCAACCAUUUGUAGGUGCAACGUCAAUCGAUGCUUGUCUCAACUGUUCUGUUGGUACUUACACACAAAAUACAGGACAAGUUACUUGUUCGAUUUGUCCGACUGGUUUUUAUUGUACAGCUGGUUCUCUCUAUCCAACUCCAUGUCCUGCGCAAACCUAUCAACCAAUUCCAGGAAGUGUCACAGUAAAUGCAUGUUUAUCAUGUCCAAACGGUACAUACACGACAACGUCAGGACAAUCGAAUUGUUUUGUUUGCCCUAACGGAUACUAUUGUCAAGGAAUAAUCAAUGUCAGUCAAGCAUGUCCUACAGGUACUUAUCAAUCAACAGUGCGUACUGUUUCAAUUCAAUCUUGUUUGAAUUGUCCUGCCGGGACUUAUAAUUCAUACAAUGGGCAAUCAAUCUGCUCGAUUUGCCCUAUUGGUUAUUAUUGCCCAAGUGGAUCAAAUAGCUCUCAACCAUGUCCCAUAGGAACCUAUCAACCUUAUACAGGCGCUAUUUCUUCACAGUCUUGUUUAAAAUGUCCCGAUGGUACCUACAACUUCAUGACUGGACAAUCAAGUUGCACUCCAUGCGCAAGCGGUUACUAUUGUCCACCUGGAAGCAAUAGUAUAAAGCCGUGCCCUUCUGGAACCUAUCAGCCAAUUAUACGUGCCACCUCCUCUGUAUCGUGUUUAAAAUGUCCCAAUGGUACCUAUAGUUCAAAUCUUGGAGCAUCUAGUUACACCAUCUGUCCUGUUGGAUAUUAUUGUCCAAGUGGAGCAAGUAAUUCAAUUCCAUGUCCAUCAGGUACCUAUCAACCAAUUCCCAGAAGUAUUUCGGCUCUCGCCUGUUUAAAAUGUCCAAAUGGUACGUUGAAUUCCGAUAUUGGUAAAUCGAGUUGUGAUAUCUGUCCUGUCGGCUUUUAUUGUCCAGCUGGCUCAAGUAGUAAACAAUCGUGUCCUUCAGGUACUUAUCAGUCGAUUGAAGGUAGCAGUUCAGCUGAAGUUUGUUUGAAAUGCCCUAGUGGUACUUACAGUUCCAAUCCUGGACAAGCGAACUGUCGGACGUGUCCUCCUGGUUUUUAUUGUGGAAGUGGAGCCAGUGCUCCACAAGCAUGUUCUGCAGGCACUUAUCAACCGAUUCCGGGUAGUUUCUCGAUCAACGCCUGUUUACCGUGUCCUAACGGCACCUACAAUUCAAAUACUGGCCAAUCUUUUUGUCCUACUUGUCCCAGCGGAUCGUACUGUCCCGAUACGUCCGGCAACUCGAUUCCGUGUCCUUCAGGCACCCAUCAACCUUACACAGGUAGGUUUACUGCUCAAGAUUGUUUAGUUUGUCCUGCUGGUACAUACAGUCAACUUCCUGGACAGUCGCUCUGCUCAAGUUGUCCAGGUGGAUCUUAUUGCCCAGCUGGAUCAAAUAAUCCACUGGUCUGUCCUGUGAAUACAUAUCAAACAACUGUGGGUGCUGUUUCAGCUCAAUCUUGCUUAACAUGCCCAUUCAAUAACGUUGCUCCAAACAUUGGAUCGACUUCGUGCUAUGAUUGUUCGAAUUAUAAUUGGUAUUAUUAUGGUUACUGUUCGAAUGUAGCAAAUUUUACAUCACAAUGUUCUCCAGGGAUGUAUAAAACCAUCGAUCCGACCAAUUCUUCACAAGUUUGUUUAAACUGCACAGCUGGUACUUACAAUCCAAGAUUUGAUCAAUCAAGUUGCAUUAUUUGUUCUGCUGGUUCUUAUUGUGAAGUUGGAUCAAUAAACGCACAGCCAUGUCCUUCCGGAACCUAUCAACCAAUUACCGGUGCUCUAUCAGCACAAAGCUGUUUAAGUUGUCCUGCCGGUACCUACAAUCCAAAUAAUGGUCAAUCUACUUGUGUCGAUUGUCCGUCUGGUUAUUACUGUCCAUCUGGAUCUAGCAACAUGUUACCGUGUCCUGCAGGAACAUAUCAACCUAUUGUCGGUAAAUCUUCGUUUCAAAGCUGUUUGAAAUGUCCUAACGGCACCUACAAUCAAAAUGCGGGCCAAACAAACUGUUCCAAAUGUUCAACUGGUUACUAUUGUCCAGCAGGAUCUAAUAACAUGCUUCCAUGUCCUUCAGGAACGUAUCAACCGGUUGCAGGAAAAUCCUCAUUCGAAACUUGUUUACAAUGUCCAGCCGGUACUUAUAGUCCAUCUUCUGGACAGUCAAGUUGCUUAGUUUGCUCUAGUGGUUAUUAUUGUACAACUGCGUCAAGUAGUAUGCAAGCAUGUCCUACAGGAACAUAUCAAACUUAUACCGGUAGUACUUCAGUUCAAGCUUGUUUACAAUGUCCUGCUGGCACAUACAGUCCUACUCCUGGUCAGACAAGUUGUACCGUUUGUCCGAAUGGUGCUUACUGUCUGGCUGGAGCAAGUAGUGUACAAUCUUGUCCUACAGGAACUUAUCAACCAAUUCCACAACGUACAUCAUCUGACGCUUGUUUAGCAUGUUCUAACAAUGCUAAUAAUCCUAUUCUUGGACAACCUACUUGUGCUCGUUGA